UCUCGCUAAGAGACAAAGGAAAAAAACAAAUAUAUUUUACAUCUUUGCUAGAUUUGCACACCAAGUCCUGAGUGCACGGGGAAUAUCACAGUCGACAGAACGGAAGUUGGACGCUUGGGUUCAGAACAAAAAAAUUGCCACAAUUUCGUGUCGAGGCUGGCAACAAAUACGAAGGCCACGUCAAAGUCUAAAAGAGCCAACGAGCCCCUAACAACCCUCCACAGUCCAGCCCUGACCACCAACCAGUGACCCACCUCUGACCACCAACCACACCCCAACACGACCCACCAGUGACCACCCAGGCCCCACCAGACACCACCGCCCCUCCCUCGCCCCCGGCAAUGAGCACAGUGGGCGUGUCCCCGUCCCUCCCGCCACCAGAGGACGCCCCAAGGUUCCCCAGCUACAACCACCACUACCACCAGCACAAGGGGCGAAAACUGUGUGACCUGUACCGCGCCCACACGGCCACAGACCCCCCAGUGUUCCGGACAACUCACGCGGACUGGACGAGGAG